UUUAUUUGACGUAAGCAGUCGUUUGUUUCAACAAAAUACACAAUACACAUCCAAAAUUAAGUCAGACGCAUUGAUCGCUCUGCCUCUGCUGAGUAAUUUGUCGCGUCACGCGCAGUGAGCGGACGUCCAAGUUUGGCGUAGCCUUUGCAGGCGACUAACGGUAUGCCACGUGUGCAAGUCGAACAGGGCGCGUUGGCUGGCGUAGUCUGUGAACAUGAAGAGGGAAAAUACUACGCGUUCAAAGGCAUCCCAUACGCGAAGCCGCCACUCGGACCAUUGAGAUUCAAGGCUCCUGAACCUCCAGAAGCUUGGUCAGGAAUACGCGAUGCCUCGCAACAUGGGCCAGUGUGUCCUCAGUAUAAUGAGCGCCUGGACCGCAUCGACGAAGGCAGCGAGGAUUGCCUGUACCUGAACGUUUACUCCAAGAACCUCACGCCACCACGACCCCUCCCCGUCAUGGUGUGGAUCCACGGUGGAUCCUUCUAUACUGGGUCGGGGAAUUCUGAUUUCUAUGGACCGGAAUUUUUCAUGGAACACGAUGUUAUUCUGGUCACAUUCAAUUAUAGAUUGGAAGUGCUUGGCUUCCUCUGUCUCGACAACGAGGAAGUACCUGGGAACGCCGGACUAAAAGACCAAGUGGCAGCUAUGAAGUGGGUAAAAAAGAACAUAGCCGCAUUCGGUGGGGACACCGACAAUAUCACCUUGUUUGGCUGCAGUGCCGGUGCAGCAUGCACGUCAUACCAUUUAAUAUCUGAAAUGAGCAGAGGCUUGUUUAAUAAAGCGAUAUGCCAAAGCGGAGUUUGCCUCAGUGAUUGGAGCUACAAUUUGUACCCACGACAACGAGCUUUCCAACUCGGUAAAUUACUUGGAAUAGACACAGAAGACGAAAAAGAGUUGUUGCAAUUUUUAAAAAGUUUGCCAGCAUCUUCGCUAAUAAAAAUAAAACUGCCACCACUACAUAUCGACGUUAAGAGAGAUUUAACAGAUAGCAUAACUUUUGGACCAGUUAUUGAAAAAUCUGAUUUGAAAGUAGAGAAAUUCGUUACGGAACCACCGUGUAAUCUAGUCAAAAAGGGCCUUAUAGCCAAAGUACCUCUUAUUUUGGGAUACACAUCUGGAGAAGGAAUCGAAAUAACGAGAAAUAUAAAUGGACUAGUUGCAUCAGGCAUAUUGUCCCAAGUAGGCGAUGUCGUACCCAGGGAGUUAAAAUUCCAAUGGUCGUUGGAAAAAAUCCAAGAGGUCGACGAAAAACUUCGAAAGUUUUACUUUCAAGAUAAGGAAAUAACUGUUGAUAUGAUUCAAGAACUGACGAACUUUACGUCCGACUUACUAUUUGUAUACAAUAUACUGAGGUUUGCUCGACAUCACUAUCGUAUCAACCAAAACAAUCCCCCUGUUUACGUAUAUCAAUUCGCAGCAGAAACUGAAAGGAAUUAUACAAAACAACAAUAUAACAUGGAUUCCAUAAACGGUGUUUGCCACGCGGACGAUUUGCAUUACCUGUUCCACGUUUCAUGUCUACCAAUACCUUUGACAGAAGAGUCUAAAAAAACUAUUAAACAAUUUGUAACACUAUGGGUGGAUUUUGCCACAUCAGGGAACCCCACACCAGAAACGAAAUUAUGGCAACCUUUUACAGAAUCCGACCGCUACUGUUUAGUCAUCGAUAAACAAAACACGUGUAUUAAUAUUAGUGGCGCAGAAAAUAUUCGAUUCUUAGAACAAAUUUAUGAAGAAACAAACUUGAAUUAGGUAAUAUCUAAAAAGUUCUUGAAUGUUCUUUCUCUGAGAAAGUCUGUACUGUUUAUGUAUAAGUAGUCAAUAUGUAAAUAAAUUCAAUGUUAUUUAUGGA